AGUCUGCAGCGAUACACAAAUCAGAAAGCAUGCAUUGCACUAUUAAGACCGUCCUCGGGAGGGUGAUUGGAUAAAACAGCAGGCACUAACAAUGUUUAAACCAAUUGAGAAGAUUUUCUUUGAUAACAUCAACCAAGCCAGAUGCUAAGGGCUUUCCGAUUGGGUUAGAGCAUUACGACUCAAUUAUCAGACAAGCUGCGCUCGCAAUCAAUAACCAGUGGUUUCUUCGGUAACGUGUGUUGUUAUUUAUUAAAGUGUUCACAAGCAGAAGCUGCAGAAAACAAUAUAACAACAAAGAAUAAGGAAGCCGACAAGACCCCACUUCUGUGGAUAGGCGGUUCCUCCCUGACAAUGCCAGCCAUGUCUGAGAGGGUACUGGAUAGAUACCGCGUCCGGAGGCUCGCAGAGGCUGAAUCCAAGGCCUGCAAAGUGGACCGAGUUCGGCGCAGAAGGAUGGUGAACCUGGCCGCGGAGAUGGAGCGCUGGAGGGAACUGAAACGGCAGAAGAACCUGCCCUCUGACGCGGCUGUAGCAAAGUUCCUGUUGGAUGCGUACAUGUCUAUCGAAAGACAGCAACAUGCUUCUCUGACUGGAAGCUCUUUAGAAGGUGCUGGCAAGAUAGCUGCUGCUGAGCACAUUGAAGAUGAGGAGCCGGACGAGCUGGGGGCUGUGUGUCUGGGAGAGGAGCCUGCACGGCCUCCCGAGCUGGGCGCUGUGUUUCUGGGAGAGGAGUCUGCGCGGCCUCCCGAGCUGGGCGCUGUGUGUCUGGGAGAGGAGCCUGCGCGGCCUCCCGAGCUGGGCGCUGUGUUUCUGGGAGAGGAGUCUGCGCGGCCUCCCGAGCUGGGCGCUGUGUUUCUGGGAGAGGAGUCUGCGCGGCCUCCCGAGCUGGGCGCUGUGUUUCUGGGAGAGGAGUCUGCGCGGCCUCCCGAGCUGGAGGCUGUGUGUCUGGGAGAGGAGCCUGCACGGCCUCCCGAGCUGGGCGCUGUGUGUCUGGGAGAGGAGCCUGCACGGCCUCCCGAGCUGGGCGCUGUGUGUCUGGGAGAGGAGCCUGCACGGCCUCCCGAGCUGGGCGCUGUGUGUCUGGGUGCACGGCCUCCCGAGCUGGGGGCUGUGCAUCUGGGAGAGGAAAUGGAAAAACACACUGGGCCUCAGGCUCGCAGCACUGAGCAGAAACCACGCCAGUCGCUGAGAACUGAAGACGGGCGUCGCCCUUACCCCUGCUUUCUGUGUGAGAAGAGCUUCUGGGCUCCAGGAAAACUCCAAACCCAUCACAGAGUCCACAGCGGGGAAACCCCUUACCUCUGUGCUGUCUGUGGGAAGAGUUUCAGCCAGGCAGGGUCUUUGAAGAGGCACGAACACGUGCACACAGGAGAGACGCACCUGGAAAAACACAAUGGGCAGAAAUCUCGCCAGUCACUUAGAACUGAAGUUGGGCGUCGCCCUUACCCUUGCUCUCUGUGUGAGAAGAGCUUCUGGGCUCCGGGAAAACUCCAAACCCAUCACAGAGUCCACAGCGGGGAAACCCCUUACCUCUGUGCUGUCUGUGGGAAGAGUUUCAGCCAGGCAGGGACCUUGAAGAGGCACGAGCGAGUGCACACAGGAGAGACGCCGCAUCACUGUCCUGAGUGUGGGAGGGGCUUCAAGUACGGCGGGGACCUGAAUAGGCACAAGCGCACCCACACAGGAGAGAAGCCCAACCUCUGCCCUGAGUGUGGGAGGGGCUUCAGCGAGGCGGGGAGUCUGAAGGCACACCGCCGCAUUCACUCUGGGGAGAAGCCGUACCAGUGCAAGGUGUGUGCGAAGCACUUCCGCUUCCUAAUCAACCUCCACACGCACCAGAGAAGACACACAUGCCGCCCUCCACGGAUUCGUUGAUGUCCACGUAAAUUACCCAGAACUUGAAACACAUGUCGAUGUGAAGGCAGGUUAUACUUCGGCUGUGCAGGACAACCAGCCUGGGGAUUUUGAAGUAUGAACCAGCCUUAAGGUAAAACCUAGUAAGUGGUUGUAACAGGGUCUUGCUUCUGGGUGUGUGCAUUCGCUGCUGAGUGACAGGCAGGAGAUCAAGACAGGGGUUGAAGUUGAAACGCCAGCGCAGGAUUUAAUAACGCAAACAGAAAGCGAAAGUAAAUAAAAAUGGUCAUGUGACGUUACCAACUAUGGUAAUGCACAGAGGACGGCUACAGCAAGCUGUAC